AUGAAGAUACUUGGCCAUAUCACUUUCUUGCUUUUGCUCGGAGGAAUAUGGGGCCAGAAUAACCGCAAUGCUAAAGCUGGUAGCAAGUCCGGCAAGAAGGCUGGUGGGACCCAAAGAGGUGAUGUUGGCCAGUCCCCCCCUGUGGCUGAUGUUCCAACUGGAAACAGCAGAAGCACUGCAGGGACAGAUGAAUCAGAACAGGAGGGUGUAGCUGGAGCUCGUGCAGCUGGACAACAGACGAAUGAUAUGAGGCUGCACUUCCUCAAAAACACCCAUGUUACUUGUAAUGAUGGAACUGCUGCUGGGUUUUACCUAAGAGAGUUCAGAGGAAGCCGUCGAUGGCUGUUAUUUCUGGAAGGUGGCUGGUGCUGCUACAGCAAACAGUCCUGUGAUGCCAGGUACCAAAAUAUCCCCCGGCUAAUGAGCUCAACGGGGUGGCCCCAGACUAAAAAAGGAAGUGGAAUAUUGUCUUCUCAAGCAGGGGAAAACCCACACUGGCAUAAUGCAAACAUUGUGUUCAUCCCUUAUUGUUCCAGUGAUGUAUGGAGUGGCACAGGACCGAUCUCAACCACCCCUUCAAGAACACGACAAGGAAGAGAAAAAGUCAGAGAAAGAAACACAAAUGCAACUGAAUACAAUUUCAUGGGAUCCCUGAUCAUCCGUGAAGUAAUCAAAGAUUUAAUCCCCAGAGGAAUAAAGCUGGCCAGGGUUGUCAUGCUAUCUGGCACCAGUGCUGGUGGAACAGGUGUCCUGCUAAACAUUGAGAGGGUUGCCAGUCAAAUGGAGCAGCUUGGUUCUGAGGCGCAAGUCCGAGGCCUGGUGGAUUCUGGUUGGUUUCUAGAGAGUAAGCAGCAAAGAUCCCCAAACUGCCCUGAGACUGUUUCCUGCUCACCUGAAGAUGCUAUCAAGAUAGGACUCAGGCUGUGGAAUGGAGUUGUGCCUAAUCAAUGCCGGCAGCUCUAUAAGAGAGGGGAAGAAUGGCAGUGCUUCUUUGGUCACAGACUAUACUCUACCCUGACCUCCCCUCUCUUUGUUGUACAGUGGCUGUUUGACGAGGAGCAACUGAAAGGGGAAAACAUCUACAUAGGAGGACAAUUUAUGUCUGAGGAGCAGUGGCAGUACAUACAGAACCUGGGCUUGGAACUCAAAAACUCCCUGAGAGAUGUAACGGCUGUGUUUGCCCCAUCCUGCCUCUCCCACACAAUCAUUACCAGAAGUAACUGGAUCAGUUUUCAAGUCAAAGGUACCUCUCUGCCGCGGGCCCUGCACUGCUGGGACAGGAACCUAGAAGCACGGCGCAACAACCGAACCCCUGCUAAAGGUUGUCCUUUCCAUCUGGUGGACACCUGCCAGUGGCCCCAGUGUAACCCCACCUGCCCGGCUCUGGUGGACCGGGCCACCCAGCAGGAGCUUACUCUGCUCCAGAUGUUGGCUGCCAUGGGCCUUGACCUGCAGAAGCUGGGCCUGGAUCCCCAGGGUGAUGCUGAUUCUCUGGCCAGCAUGGUCAGCAACGGUGGCUAAGAAUAAUAAUGGAGGAGAAGUUAAGAGAAAGGCUGAA